ACAGCAUCGCCCAGCACGAUGGCAGGAAGCGGCCGCCUGGGACAGAGCGCCGCCGCCGCCGCCGUUCGGGGGCUGCGGGAGACCGGCGUGCGCCCGCGCCGCGCAAAAGCAGCCGCGUUCGAGCAGUUGCACGGGAAGGGCAGAUUGAGUUUAACACAUUGCCGACAAUUAAGCUGUUAUACGAACCUCCCCUCUCGGGUGCUGCAGGCCAGCCCUUCAGGUUCAUCCGUGAAACAGCAGACCCGACACUUCCUGAACCUGGCGACCUCCCUUUUUGGUGCCAAGCGAGUGGAGUAUGAGGAAGUCCGUCAGCUCCCGUACUCUGCUGACCAGAUGUAUAAUAUUGUGGAAGAUGUGGGCAGCUAUCACCUGUUUGUCCCCUGGUGCACCUGCUCCCGUGUAAUUUCCCGCUGCAGUCAGUUCUCGCAGGCGGAAUUGGAAGUGGGAUUUCCCCCUGUGGUAGAGCGCUACGUCUCUGAGAUUUUCGUGGUGCCUCACCAUCAGAUCCGGGUUAUGAGUAAAGAUGGGCGGCUAUUUCAGCAUCUGGAAACCCUGUGGCAAUUCCAGCCAGGACGAUCGGGAAAGCGGGAAACCUGCACACUGAAAUUUUAUGUCUCCUUUGAAUUCAAGUCAGUUCUCCAUACCCAGCUGGCCAACCUGUUCUUUAAUGAAGUGGUGAAGCAGAUGGUGUCAGCCUUUGAGCAGAGGGCAGAGAAGCUGUACGGCUCUCCGGCUGCAGCCCAGUCACGGAAGGCCGUUCAGUGCACGUGACCGCUGGCCCUGGCUGGAUCGCGGUCCGAAGCAUCCAUCUUCACCGAGGAGAGACCAUUCCACUUCUUACCCAAUCCUGGAUCUCUUUCCACUUGCCUUUUAAAGGACAUUGCAUUAUUUAUGAUUAUUUAACUCACAGAACCUUCAGAGUAAAUUAUUUUUAUUAAUUAU